UCUCCCCUCUCUCUCUAAAACUCUGUCUCUCUCGACAGCUCUCUCUACAAAUACAAAGCACACCACCAACUAUAGAAAACUUAAGAGAAAUUUAUUUAUUAUUAUUCUAUUAUUAAAAUUUGUUUAUUAUUUUAAUUGUUUUUUUCUUCUUUGACUCUUUCUAGAUUUCGUGGUGCUGUUUUGAGGCUGUAGCUAUACGUUCCUGAUUUAUGAUACUGCAUCUGUAGCUGUGAGUGCUGACCGCUAAAGCACUUCAUUUGCUUCAUGUUUAGUAUUCCAAUUAGACGAGGAUGAUGUAAAUCUUAUGUACUUGGCUGGAUUGCAAACCAAAGUGUUUGAUGCUGUGACUUUUUUCCUUUAAUCAAGUUUGUUGCUUUCCCCAAAUUGCAGAGUAUUUCUUGCUUUUAAUGUUCUGUGGGGAAUAAAGAAGUUAGAAUAUUUGCCCAUAGCCCUUUGAGAAUUAAAUAUUAGCGAGACGUGGUGGUAUAAGCUUCUUUUGUUCAGUGUAUAUGCAAUUAUAUUUGAGAUGGGUUCUAAAGGAAGGCUGUUGUUUGAUCUUAAUGAACCCCCUUCUGAGGAUGACCAGAACAAUGAUGGUGUCCUCUGUUUCCAGCCUCAGAGAGCAGUCCCCUCUUCUAGUACCAAGACUUCUGAGUUUUUGGCAUCCUCUGUUGAUCCUCCGGGGAUAGUAAACAAUCAUGCUUUUUCCCAUGCUUCUUCUGUUUCAGGUUUUCAGCCCUUUGUACGGUUGAAAGGUGCAGAGGCAUCUAGAGCUCCUGAGGAACAGAAGAGUGCUGGGGCCUCAACUUCCAGUGGUGCUUCAUUGUCUAAAUCAAGUCAGGAACAUGUAUUGAAGGCUGUGCUCCAGCCAGAUCUGAACUCUCUCGAUAUGCAAACUGCUGAAAAGGAAGAAGGUGAAUGGUCUGAUGCAGAGGGUUCAACAGAUGCAUAUAAAAAUUUGGGGAUCAAUGAUAAGUUGAAUACUGAUGUUGAUAAAGCUACGCAUGAGAAAUCAGCAGUUGAGCCGGUGAGUAAUAGUGAUAAAGUUGGCUCUGCUGAUAAUGCUUCUCAGGAUAAUGAGAAACGGAAUGGUGAAAUUUCCAAUAUUUUUUCUUUAGAAUUAGAUCCAGAUACAAAUGAUAGGAAAAGUAAUAGUAGCAGAAAUUCUGAAACCAGUAAUAAAGCUGAUAUCGCCAUGGAUGGUCAGGAGGAUUCUGGCCAGGUGCCAAAGCAUAGAGAGAUUAGAGGUGCAGAGGCAAUUCAUGCAUUAAAGUGUGCUAACAAUUUUGGUAAGCGCCCUAAGAUUGACCAACAAAAGGAAGCAAUGUUGGGAAAAAAGCGCAGUAGGCAGACCAUGUUUCUUGAUUUGGAAGACGUUAAGCAGGCAGGUUCAAUAAAAAGUACUACUAGACGGCAAAAUUUUCCAGCACCUAUUACUCGUAUUGUGAAAGAGUCUCGUACCAUUCCUCCACCUGCUGAAAAGAAUGGGGAAAAGCACAGUCAGCAACUUGUCAAAGAUAUAAAACCAAUUGAAUCAACUAAUGAAGGCAACUAUCCUAUGGAAUCUAAUGAUUCUAAAUCUGAAUCAAGUGCUGAUGUGAACCUAGCACCUCUAGGUCGUCCAAGACGGAUGAAUAGUUCGAUUGACCUCACAUCUGAGGCUCAAACAUCACCUAUGCCUAGGCUGAGUUCUUCGAAACAUCCCACAGAUCUGAGACAAGGUAGAAAUUCACAGGUCCCUGGUAGGAAGCAGCCUGCUCUGACAAGUCAAAGUUCCAUGGAUCCAAAAUUUGGAGCCAAAAAACCUCCGUCCAAGAAGCAACCUAUAGUAAGUAGCCAGUCCCAAGAUACAUCUGUGGAACGUCUUAUUCAGGAGGUGACGAACGAGAAGUUUUGGCAACAUCCAGAUGAAACGGAGCUUCAGUGUGUUCCUGGUCACUUUGAAUCUGAGGAAGAGUAUGUUAAAGUGUUUGAACCUUUGCUCUUUGAGGAAUGCCGGGCACAGCUGUACAGUACUUGGGAGGAGAUGGCUGAAUCAGGAACCCAUGUGAAGGUCCAUGUUAAAAACAUUGAACGGCGAGAAAGAGGAUGGUACGAUGUAAUCCUUAUUCCAGAAUGUGAGUGGAAGUGGUCAUUCAAAGAGGGAGAUGUUGCAGUUCUCUCAACUCCACGUCCUGGGUCAGUCCGAUCACGGAGAAGCGGAACCUCAACAGUUGGGGAUGAAGAGCAGCCUGAAAUAACUGGUCGUGUGGCUGGUACCGUGAGACGACACAUACCUAUUGAUACUCGAGAUGCUACCGGGGCCAUCCUGCACUUCUAUGUUGGAGAUCCGUUUGACACCAACAGCAAUAUUGAUAGUGAUCACAUACUGCGGAAACUACAACCAAGAGGCAUCUGGUUUCUGACUGUUCUGGGUUCUCUAGCAACGACCCAACGAGAGUAUGUUGCUUUACAUGCAUUUCGGCGUCUUAAUCUGCAGAUGCAAAAUGCAAUUCUUCAGCCAAGUCCGGAGCACUUCCCGAAAUAUGAAGAGCAGACACCUGCAAUGCCCGACUGCUUUACGCCAAACUUUGUUGAUCACUUGCACAGGACAUUCAAUGGCCCGCAGCUGGGAGCAAUCCAAUGGGCUGCAACACAUACAGCUGCUGGAACUAAUGGUAUGACAAAGAGGCAAGAUCCCUGGCCUUUUACUCUAGUUCAGGGGCCACCUGGUACAGGUAAAACACACACUGUGUGGGGAAUGCUGAACGUCAUCCAUCUUGUUCAGUAUCAGCACUAUUACACAGCAUUGCUCAAGAAACUUGCUCCUGAAAGCUAUAAGCAGAAUAAUGAGAGUAACUCAGAUAAUGUUGCUACUGGAUCCAUUGAUGAAGUCCUGCUAAGCAUGGACCAGAAUCUCUUCAGAACCCUCCCAAAGCUAUGCCCAAAACCUAGAAUGCUUGUCUGCGCUCCUUCAAAUGCCGCAACCGACGAGCUUCUUGCACGUGUUCUUGAUCGUGGAUUCAUCGAUGGCGAGAUGAAAGUUUAUCGGCCUGAUGUUGCACGAGUCGGGGUGGAUUCCCAAACGCGUGCUGCCCAAGCAGUCUCUGUAGAGCGGAGAACUGAACAGCUUUUGAUGAAGAGUCGUGAUGAAGUUUAUGGGUGGAUGCACCAGUUGAGAGCUCGUGAAGCUCAGUUGUCUCAGCAGAUAGCUGGCCUUCAAAGAGAACUAACAGUUGCUGCUGCUGCUGGUCGUUCACAGGGAUCUGUCGGAGUUGACCCUGAUGUUCUUAUGGCUAGGGACCAAAACCGAGAUUCUCUAUUGCAGAACCUUGCGGCAGUGGUUGAGAAUAGAGAUAAAAUAUUGGUGGAAAUGUCCCGCCUUCUGAUUUUGGAAAGUAGGUUCCGUGGUGGUAACAAUUUCAACAUGGAGGAAGCUCGUGCUAGUCUGGAGGCUAGUUUUGCCAAUGAAGCUGAAAUUGUUUUCACUACUGUCUCAAGUAGUGGGAGGAAAUUGUUCUCUCGUCUCACCCAUGGUUUUGACAUGGUAGUCAUUGACGAAGCAGCCCAAGCCAGUGAAGUAGCAGUCCUUCCUCCUCUUUCUCUUGGUGCAGCACGGUGUGUUCUUGUUGGGGAUCCGCAGCAGCUUCCUGCUACUGUUAUCAGCAAAGCAGCUGGAACUUUGAUGUAUAGUAGAAGUCUCUUUGAGAGGUUUCAGCAAGCAGGCUGCCCAACUAUGUUAUUAUCAGUGCAGUACAGGAUGCAUCCUCAAAUUAGGGAUUUUCCAUCUAGGUACUUUUAUCAAGGUCGCCUUACAGAUAGUGAAAGUGUUGCUAAUCUGCCUGAUGAAAGUUAUUACAAGGAUCCUUUACUAAAGCCUUACAUCUUUUAUGACAUUACACAUGGUCGAGAAUCACAUAGAGGUGGAUCUGUUUCAUAUCAGAAUACCCACGAAGCGCAGUUCUGUCUUCGUUUGUAUGAGCAUCUUCAAAAAACUUGUAAAUCUGCUGGUGUUGGGAAAGUUACUGUAGGUAUAAUCACUCCUUACAAGCUGCAACUUAAAUGCCUUCAACGGGAAUUCGCGGAUGUUUUAAAUUCUGAAGAAGGAAAAGACAUCUACAUAAAUACUGUGGAUGCUUUCCAGGGUCAAGAGCGUGAUGUUAUUAUAAUGUCAUGUGUGCGUGCCUCAAACCAUGGGGUAGGGUUUGUUGCAGAUAUACGGCGAAUGAACGUUGCUCUUACUCGUGCAAGAAGAGCUCUUUGGGUAAUGGGAAAUGCCAAUGCUCUGGUGAAAUCAGAAGAUUGGGCUGCAUUGAUUGCUGAUGCCAAAACCAGAAAAUGUUACAUGGACAUGGAUUCUUUGCCUAAAGAGUUCUUGCUACCCAGGUCAGCUUCUCAUGCUCCUCCACCGACCAAGAUGGCUAAUAAUAGAGGUUACAGAUCUUCCUUACGGCACAGAAUAUAUGAUACACACAUGGAGUCCAGGUCAGGAACACCUUCAGAAGAUGAUGAAAAGCCAAAUGCGUUACAGGUAAGAAAUGGGAGUUAUAGGUCUUCCAAGCCAUCACAAGAGAACUCAUUGGAUGAUUUUGAUCAAUCUGCUGAUAAAUUUAGAGAUUCCUGGCAAUAUGGCAUACAGAGGAGGCAAAAUACAGCUGGAAUUGGGAGAAGAGAUCUGUAGCUGAUGCCCGUGAAUGUGUGCCAUGCAUCAUGGGGACCAACCAUUUUAGUUCCUGAUGUUAUGACUUGCUCCUGGCUGGGAGACUGGUUGAUGGCAUAGCUAUGCAUGCUGAUCGUAUGUGCAAGAGUAUGGUUUAUUGAAAGGACUUCUUGGUGAUGCGAGAAUGGAAGACUAUGGCAGUAAGGAAGCAUUUCUGCUCCUAUAGACUUGCUCCUCCUGGCUUGGACAGCUCUUGAUGACGCAGCUGGUCCAGCUGGUCUUGUUUGCAGAAUAUGGUUUGAGGAAGGGAAUUCUUGUUGAUGAAGAGAAUGGAAGGCUAUGCUGCAACAGAGAGAUAUCCUGGUGGAUUAUGGUGGUACUUGGAAGAUUUUAACAAUUUGAUGGGAUUUUGAGCAAUGGGGGCUCCCAGUCGUGGCUGAAGUUCUUUUGCUGAUAGAUUGUAAAGGUACUUGUUUGAAACUUAUGAUGACUUGAAAUUCUUGACUAUAUAGGUACAACAUUCUCAUUUCUUUGAGAUUUUCAGACAGAGCACUUAGCAACUUGUCAUCAAAGCCUCCGUUGGGACAGAGAAGAAAGUUUAUCCCAGCCAAUGAUCUUGGAUACAGAGCCAUUUGUGGCUUUAAAAUGUGAAUUCUUCUUGUCAGAACUAGUUACUGGUUGCUUCUCUGUCAAUGAUGUAUUACCAUCGAGACUAUCCCAAGAGUUGGAGCUCUGUUAAGUAGUAUGUCUGACACUGGCGUCAUUUGUGCCAUGUUCUGAAUUUGAGCAAGACAACUAGUCCAUGGAAUGAGGCCCGGGCAUUAAGAGAACUGAGCUGACCGUGUGGGGAAAUUGUUUCAGAAAGUUACUGAAUUCAUUUAAGGCUGAGCAUGGAACUCCGGUGAUAUGGUAGCCUGUGAAUUCCAACCAUUACGAGCUGAUGAACAUGUCAGGAUGCCGUAUAGACUGAGAAGUGCUGUUAUUUGGUUCCUAAAUGUUGCUAUGGAGGCCCUUGGCAGAUCCUGGACUAGUUCUGUACAUAUUCUUGUCAAAAGCACAGUUCUUUUUAUUAGGUUGUCUAAUACUUAGGGAUGUAGCAGAAUUUCACAUUUUUUCCCUUCCCAUAAGAAAUUUUGAAGUUUAUUUUUCAUUUUUUCGCUGCGUUCUCCAUGCUCGAUCUAUCUUUGUAUGUUCACUACCUUGGGAAUGAAUGAUAUGUUUGUUGGUGAUGUA